GACACUCUAAAUGAGAAGAACAAGAUAACAAACGUAAUGAGAAUCCGUUUCGCUAAGUACCAAAUUGUUAAUUAACCUUCUUAAAAGUACAUGAUCGUUUAGCCCAUAUAAAAGAGAAGUUAGUAAUAUAAUAAGCAUUUAAAUUCUUUAUGUUGCUCCCACGUCAUUAGUCGAAGUUAUCAAGUUGAAGUCAUUUGUUUCAGUCAUCCCCGAGUUGAGUCAAAUUGAAAGAACAGUACAUUAAAUUUAUAAUUACGAAUUGUUAAAGGGUAAUUCAACUCACCAUAUUUUGUUUACACCUACAGACAAUAUGGUGCAUUUAAACAAACCCGUCCCAUUUAUCAUUGAUUAAUGAAUACCCCUAAUUGCCAGCUGUUGGACAUUUUACAUACCCAAAUCAAUAAAGCAUGAGAAUGCAAACCGUUGUGUAAAAUGUCGCAGUUUUCAAUCCAGUUUCAUAUUCAAAUUACAGCGACACUCAAAGCAAAUGAGUACGGACAGUUAAUAAUAAUAAUUAAAAUGGAUCAAUUUUACUAACCAAGGUCAUUUGUAACAGCCGGGCUACUUUGCAACGGAGUUAAAUAGUUCGCCAGUUAUGCUAAUGGGAAAGCUGAUCGCUCUCACGCUUAUUUCCCAUUAUGAUUCGAUCAACCAAACCGUUCACAGCAGUUUACCCUCGUUAGUGUAGUUAGAGAACAGUACCAGUGCCGAGAUGAGUUACGAGUACGGUAUAGCAACGGGUGCCGAUAGGGAAAUAGUGCGCGAAGCGCUUGCCAACUAUUUCUACCCAGAAGAACCACUUACCUUAGCCCAUCGGGAUGGUCCCGACGUUACGGUGGACGACAUGGAAAACGCUCUCUCUUUCCUGGACCAGGGCACCAUAAUUCUGGCACGCGCCACUAGUACCCGCCAAUUAGUUGGACUUGCGAUUGGAAGACCACCAACGGGCGUCAUCGUGACACCUAUCACCACACGAAAGUUUGCCGAAAUAACAGCGUUUCUGGAGUGUCUAAGUUCACGUGCUUCCGGAAGCGGGAGUUCGUACCUUGUUACCAUGCUGGCAGUACAUCCUGCUCACCGUGGCCAUUCGAUCGGUCGCCGAUUGAUGGAGGAACAGAUCCGAUUGGUUCGUGUCCGUUGGCCAGCAGUGCAAAGUGUCACCGUGGAAGCAACAAGUGCGACCUCUUUGCGACUUAUGAAGCGGAUUGGAAUGUGUGAAACGGCAGGGUUAAGCUUUGCGGAGUAUCGAGACGAUGUUGGUGAGCAAAUGUUCCUUGGAGCAGGUGAAGUAAUUCGAUUGGAGAUGAAACUGCGAAGAAAGCAAACAUGCGAUAAAAGUGAAUAGAUGAGGGUUUAUGAGCGAUGUACUUAAAUAAUAGCAAUAAAACA